GUUUGUCGAUUAGCUUACGAAUUGAUGCAGUCUAAUCAUUUAGAAUUAGGUGAUGCAAGUCAACAAUUUCGUUCAUUGGAUGAUAUAUAUUACUUCGGUGGACAACAAGCCUCACCAUAUGAAGUAUUAAUAUCAAGCAAAGAACAUGGUUUAUCUCCUGGUGAUUUAGUCCACUUCCAUGGUAAUCAUUGGAAUGGUUACGCAAAGGUUGAAAAAUUGAAUACUAAUCGUAAAGUAAUGGCACCAGCAUUUAAAUUCUCUCCAAGAUUAAUAACUGCUCCUAUGAUCGGUGCACAUGGAAAUCGGUCUGAAUUUAUUAUUGAUUAUAAAUAAUUGUAUUUUUCUAAAUAGGAAGAUUAUUUCGUUCAUGUUUUUCUUCUUUCCUUUGUACCACUAACUUGCUGAUUUAUGGUUUUAUAUUUGAAAGACAUCGAACCUCAUUUUUUUAUUGUAGCGUCGAUGCUCUCAGCUAAAGACUUUACAGAUCAAGUUGAAAUUGAUCUACAUAUAUAUGGCAAGUAUUGUGGAGCGUAUGCUUUUCUGACUUCAUUGUAUACACGCAAAUGUUUAUACACAUAUCCUGUGGUCUUGAUGUGAUAUAUAUUGACUGCACAAUUGUAUGAUUGGUGUUUGUUUGUUGUUG